UCGAUGCAUCAUGCAAAUGUCUUUUUAGUUUUUUUUCUGACCACUGAUCAUUAAAAUAAUUAUUUAUAUUUAUUAACUUGUACACGUUUAUUUCCAAAUAGUUAUAUAUUGAAAUGUGAAUAUUUACUAUCGCCUUAUCACUUCAUAUUAUUUCGCUAUCAGGGAUAGUAUUCCAUAAUGUCGAGUGACGAGGAUAAACCACCUGCGCCUCCAGUGCGUCUUACCAGCAAUCGAGCAACGGACCGAGUGGAUUCUGUAUCUUCGGUUGAUAUGAGACCACUGCCCAAAGAACCCGAUGAUGGUAGUGAUAGAAAGAAGAAAACACUUAAAGCUAAAAUAAAAGGAUCAAAAAGUACUGCCCACAAUGAUAAUAAGCCAAAUAUUAGUUAUCCAACAAAUUUUGAACAUACAGUUCAUGUUGGUUUUGAUGCGGUUACAGGAGAAUUCACUCUGCCCAUGACAGGCAUGCCAGAAGCGUGGGCGAGGCUGUUAAUGGCAUCAAAUAUCAGCAAACAAGAACAAAAGAGUAACCCUCAAGCAGUACUUGAUGUUCUUAAGUGGUAUGAUGCGUCGGCCACCCAACCACCGGUGUCCAAAUACAUGACAUCGGCACAGAUGCACACAACACAUUCAGGAUCAUCUGUGUCCCGCGUCUCAUCAAGCAGUCCCUCAUCAUCGACACCAACAGAUACUGAACAUCCGGAGCCGCCGCCGCCGCCACCUUCAAGGCCUGAUCGUACUAAGAGCAUUUACACGAAGCCCAUAGAAGAAGAAGAGGCUCCGCCCCCUCGGCCUACUCCUGCGCCUGCGACGCCCCCACACGUUCCUCAUCCGGCACUAACCACGCAUUCUAUACCGAGAGCAGAAGUGGUCCCGGCCCCAAGUCUGGAUCGCAAUAAGAAUCCGGCGCACACGCCCCCUGCCCAUGCGCCCCCUGCCCCUCCUAAUGGUGCCCCAGCCACUGACACAGGGUAUGUCAGAAGAUCGACAGGCCAACAGCAAAGGAAAAAGAAGAUGACGGAUGAAGAGAUAUUAGAGAAAUUAAGAACAAUUGUUAGUGUUGGUGAUCCAAAUAGAAAAUAUACCAAAAUGGAAAAGAUUGGACAGGGAGCAUCUGGGACAGUGUACACGGCGAUCGAGACCUCAACGGGCAUGGAGGUCGCCAUUAAACAGAUGAACCUCAGCCAGCAACCCAAAAAGGAAUUGAUCAUUAACGAAAUUCUUGUCAUGCGGGAGAAUAAGCAUAACAAUGUCGUCAACUAUCUGGACAGUUAUCUUGUGAAUGAGGAACUAUGGGUGGUUAUGGAGUACUUAGCGGGUGGUUCUUUGACCGACGUAGUAACUGAAACGUGUAUGGACGAGGGGCAAAUAGCGGCUGUAUGUCGCGAGGUACUUCAAGCAUUGCACUUUUUGCAUACAAACCAUGUUAUCCAUCGGGAUAUCAAGUCUGAUAAUAUACUCUUGGGGCUGGACGGACAAGUGAAACUCACGGACUUUGGUUUUUGCGCCCAAAUAUCUCCGGAACAAAACAAAAGAACAACGAUGGUUGGAACGCCAUAUUGGAUGGCUCCCGAAGUAGUUACGAGAAAACAGUAUGGUCCAAAGGUGGACGUGUGGUCGCUAGGUAUAAUGGCGAUCGAAAUGAUCGAAGGCGAGCCCCCAUACCUCAAUGAGAACCCGUUACGUGCGCUGUAUCUGAUAGCCACGAAUGGAAAGCCAGAUAUCAAAGACAAAGACAAAUUGAGUGCGGUCUUUCAAGACUUCCUCGACCAGUGCCUAGAAGUUGACGUUGAGAGACGCGCCACAGCUCUCGAUUUACUUAAGCACCCGUUCCUAAAAAUGGCUCGACCGCUGGCGUCCCUCACGCCGUUAAUAAUGGCGGCGAAGGAAGCGGCCAAGGGGCAUUAGCGACGGCCGGGGGCCCCAUGCCCCAACAGGUGCAUCCCUUAAUAGCUUAGGACUUUGGCUGCGUGUCAUACAAAUUAUAUUUUUACAAACGAUGCAGUCCAGUAGUAACGAGUGUUCGGCGAUGUGACAGAGAGGGAUAGGUUCGGCUAGUGCUGUCUCUUUUACACCCUUACGGCCAAGUUUUGUCUUCUUUGUUAAAUGAACCGUAAAAUAAACAAAUAUGAUAUUAAGAUUAAUAUGAAAGAUGAAAUUCAUUAUAUAAUUUAUAAAAUUAAUAUAAAAACUUAUACUCUUAUUUUUUUUGACAGCUAUCAUUAUUCAUAUAGGUAUUAUCUAGUAGAAAUUACCAUUGGUAUUCGUUAUGGGAACCGAGCUUCGACACUGAAACUAACCGGGCAAAAAUCGUAAAGAUUCGAGUGGCUGUGCGAAAGAGCGAACGCUAUACGAAUCUAUCUCUCUCUUUCCGACAUCGCCGUGUACUACAAUAGACGUAGACGUUAUUUAUUAGUGACGUGACUCGCUGGCGUGUUUUUCGAAUAGUGUAGAUAGUGUAGUGUUAGCUGAUUCGAAUUGUUACGGUUCAUCUACAAACGAAGACUGUCACUUUAUAUAUUAGAUUUAUAAAUAUUAGAAUAGAACUUCGAAAUACGGUUUGUUCCACUGUGAUUAUAGGGGAGGGUAGGAAACGCGUCGGCGAGCUAGAUUUAGAGAGACAUCGACCCUAUUUCUAUAGCGCUAAAGUACAUAAUUGCGCAGUAACAGGCAAAUUUUCAUCCACGUGUACGCAAUAUUUUAAGUUAUAAUUUGCUAUGUUUAAGGUUCUCGAACUAUGGAACUGUCAAAUAUUUUUAUUGAUAUGAUGAAAAGUAUUAUGAUUUUUAACUGCUUUUGUUGGCUUUGCUAUUUAUAUAUUCGCUAUUCUUCGAUUUUGAAUGCCUUGUAUGUGUAAUAUUUUAACACAUUGUUAGAUUGCCUUAUAUAACCUUAUUUCUGUAUUUUUUAUACUUGGUUUUCACGUGGUUUUAUUAACGCGAAAAUAUUUUAGAUUUCUAUAUGAUUUACGAAUAACAAUACAAUCAAAAUUCUAUCAUAAAAAUCAGUUAUUAACAGAACGUCCUAAUCGCUCUUUAUAUGCUGUCACAUGACAGAUGCAACAUGUAUAAACUAUUAUUACACAGAUUAAUGUAAAAUCUUUUAAUGUUUAAAAUCCGAGCUAACAAGUCAAGGAAAAACCCGGUAAUAGAAUAUGUCAUAUAUUGGUUUCCAUUUGGGUUAUUUUUGACUUGACUUUGUGAGUAUUUGCGCUCGUUCACAGACACGCCAUAGACAUUACGGAGUAUUAGAUUUUUUCCGACAAAUCAAAAGAAAAUAAACACUCUCCGAACUUAUAUUUUGUUCGCUGUGACCUUGUACUCAUUGCGUUUCAAAGGCAUGGUCUAACGUUUAAUAGUAUUUAUUUACAUUCCGUUUUAUUUAUAUAAACUUUUAAUUUUUAUUCGAUUUUGAUUAAGCAUUUGUUGUUGUGAGCUGUCACUUAGUCUGUCAAAGACUGGCGCGAACUCGCGGUGUCAGAUGAAACGACACUAAGGGCAAACCAUGUCAAAAUAAAAAUUUUGACGUUGACAGUCGAGUUAGAUUUUUAAUCUGUUUGACUUUUUGUUUCGGAUGAUUGAAUUUUGUUACGCAGUAUUGUUAUUCGUAGAUAUUUUUUACAUUUAUUGAAUUCCUAUCAGUAUAUUUUCGUGUAAGCUUAUAAGAUUUUGAUUUUGUCAUUAAUUAUUGUUAGUCAUGAAUAAAAGCAUUUACAUAGUAUUAAGUUUAUAUAGUCUAUUAAAAAUUAAACAAAAUUAGGGAAGAAUCAUUUGGUUAAUUUUUGUGGCACAAAAGUUAAUGAUAAGUGAAUGAUAAUAAAUCCGAUAGAAGAGCUAGAUUUUUUUAGAGAAAAGUAAGACUAUUGUGCUAUUUUCAUUUGGUUUUUCUCUUCUUUUUGAAUUAAUAAUAACAUAAGCUUUUAAUUUAUCUUAUCAGCGACCUA